AUGCAGCGCGGGCCCGUGGGCGCCUGGCGCGAUCGGGACGUCUUGGAUCCCGCUGCCGGGGCCGCCAAGCCGACCGGGCAGUGCCGGCGCCACUGGCUGGCAUCCGAGCUGCAGCGGGAGGAUUCGGACCGCCCAGGAUCACCCUCCGGAGGCGACGGCGGCCAGUGGCGGGGACGGAUGGUACUGGAGCGCGCGGCGGCGGGCGCGGACGUCCUGCGCUUCGACUACGAUGAGUGGGCCUCCCAGUCGUCGGAGGAUUCUGUCCCAGACCACGCCAGUGAUUCCUCCGAUGUGGGUUUAGCUAGCCCCACUUUGAGGGAAACUCCAGCGCCCCUGCAGUCCUACCAGAGCUUCCGCAGGAGCGCCUACCUCGACGCCCAGCUGAAGAGCGCACUUGCGCACCAGGCACACAUGGUUGCCCGGGCGGCAGAGCGCUGCCAGGAGGCUGAGGAGAGGGCCAGGGGAGCUGAGGCUCAGUUGGAGGUCAUAUCUGAGUCGUUUUUAGAUAGGAUAAAGGAACUGGAGGCAGAGCUGACAAAGGGGCAAAGGGGCUGUGCAUGCAUCGCCUCGAUGCCAACGUACUGGGCGCCAAGGAAGUAUUCCAGACGGCAGCCCGUGCACUACAUCGACCUGUACAGGCGAGGCUUGGGAUCAGAGAAAUGCAGGAUAGGUGCAAGGCUCGACGAGGAACUGGUGGCGAUGAUGGACAGUGGAGUGACCUAUGAGGAUGCAGUGGCAGCUCUGGAGGUGUGCAGCGGGGACGUCGAUGCUGCUGUGUCCUUCCAGAUCGAGUGUCUGAGCGAUGGCGGUGCAGCUGCUGUGGUCAGCACAAGGCUGGAAGAUGUGUUGCACAAGUUUGAGGAGGGGCGCCAGGGGCGCUCCCGGUCGUCCGUGGUGUGUGUGCAGCAGGUGCAGAAUGAGAGGCUUUGGAGGAAAUACUGCAUGCGCAAGCAGGAGAUCGAGGAGGAUGCCGGCAAGCACAACGUGAAUGAAAGGAUGCUGUGGCACGGCUCCGGGCUGCUGUCACUCGAGGCCAUCACAAGGGAUGGGUUUGACCAUCGCCUGAGCAACAUCCAUGGCGCCCUGGGGGCUGGCACGUACUUCUCCGUGUCGAGCGGCUACAGCCACCAGUUCUCAGCUCAGGCGCCCUUGUUCGGAGGCCCAGGGGUCAGUCUCAGGGCAGCUGUGAAUGCUGCAUCAAGGUCCAAGCCCUGUGCGGGCAAGAAUCUACUGCAGGCUUCUGUUGUCAACGCCCCAGGGCAGGCUCCCGUGGUGGCCAUGCUCCUGUGCCGAGUGUCGCUGGGGAGAUCAGCGCCCGGACGGGUGGGACUGCGGAGACCGCCCGAGGGAGCAGACUCUGUGGCUGAGACCACGGCCCCCAAGCCCCAUGGACAGCGCCUGCGGGAGCCCACCAUGCACGCCGUCUUCGACAACGCCCAGGCCUACCCAGAAUACCUUGUGUACUAUCGGGCUUGA